GUGCCAAACCUCUGUGCAUAUAUAAGUGGAACCUUGAGCAGGAAUUUCACAGUUACAGUGCUGAGGCAGAAGGGAAGGAAUUAACCAGCUCUUUAGCCAAGCAAAUCCACGACUCACCAUGCUUCCUGCUGCCAUUCAUUUCUCUCUCAUCCCCCUUGCAUGCAUCCUCAUGAAAAGCUGUUUGGCUUUUAAAAACGAUGCCACAGAAAUCCUUUAUUCACAUGUGGGAAAACCUGUUCCGGCAAACCCCGGCAGCAACAGCACGUUGAAUCAAGCCAGAAAUGGAGGCAGGCAUUUCAGUAACUCUGGAGUGGACCGGAACACUCCGGUUCAAGUGGGUUGCCGUGAACUUCGUUCUACCAAAUACAUCUCCGAUGGCCAGUGCACUAGCAUCAGCCCUUUAAAGGAGCUGGUGUGUGCCGGCGAGUGCUUGCCCCUGCCAGUGCUCCCCAACUGGAUUGGGGGAGGUUAUGGACCCAAGUAUUGGAGCAGGCGGAGCUCCCAGGAGUGGAGGUGUGUCAAUGACAAAACACGCACCCAGAGGAUCCAGCUGCAGUGCCAAGAUGGCAGCGCGCGCACCUACAAAAUCACGGUGGUCACAGCCUGCAAGUGCAAAAGGUACACCCGGCAGCACAAUGAGUCCAGUCACAACUUCAAGAGCUUGCCGCCUGCCAAGCCAGCGCAGCAUCACAGAGAGAGGAAACGAGCCAGCAAAGCCAGCAAGCACAGCGUGAGUUAGAACUCAGACUCUCAGAAGUGGACUGACACUGAGCACUACCUGCUUCACACAUCUGAUUGCUUGGACGACUCCAGCCUGCCAUUGCUUUUUCUCACUUGAAAAUGUAUGCUUUCUGCUUUGAUCACAUCCAGCAAGCUGUCCUACGUGUCAGGACCAUCUUUGGGAAUCGCUUUUUUCCUUUUCAAGUUUUGCAAGGUGUACCUAUAUCCAUGCAUGCAAUUGCGUUUAAACCCACACAUCCUGUUGUUUUAAUCCCCCCAGUGCUUCUUACAAGACUGGUUAUUACAUAUAUAUAUAUAUACACAUAUAUCAAUGACUCAUUAUACUUUGAAACCAAAAAGGAUCUGUCAAUGACCAGCCACCUCCCAAAUCCCCCACAUAAACAUCCAAAUAAAAGCCCCUUCAAAUCUAAAAACAAAUUAAUGGUUGCUAUGAAUCUUCUCAAAAACACCUCAGAGAGGUGCUCCCCCCCACCACACCCCCCCUUUGGUAAUGUUCAUGAGAAUAGUUUAGAAGCCAGGAGUGACCUUCCUUUGAAAGAAAGUUAAAGACCUUGGCAUUUCACUUCAAAAACAAGCCCUGUGGCUUUUUACAGUGUCAUGGUAUGAAAUUAUACCCUGCAUGCUGACCCUCACUUGUAAUGGAAUGCCAAAAAUGCAUGGCAGCAGCUAAUAGGUAAAACUGAUUAACUAUUUAUUUGUCAAUGUUAUUAUUUAAUGACCUUUCAUGUGAUUUUUUUCAACAUGUUAAUUUUUUAUGUCUUAAAGCUUUUUCUUGUGCCUAAAUGUUUUCCUACAUGACUUGUGGUUGCUCUAGAAAUAUGAGAAUACAUUUUGUAGAUAUGUAAAAUAAAUAUUGUAGUCUCCUUGUAAUACAUGUUUCAUCGUGAACUAUAUCAAUAACAUGGCUCUUUAUAAAUCAGCAAGAUGCUUUGUAAAGCUGAAAUAUAUAAUGCUUCCUGUUUAAUCUGUGCAAUCAGAAGGUGACUUUACCUUCAAUUUCAAUGAUUUCUUUAAAAAAAUAAACACUGCUGAAAGUUA